AUGACGACUCACAACGACAACCCCGACAACUUCGCCAACCGUCCCAAUAAAGAGGUCCGUGGAAUUGCAUCCGAGGGCGGCAAAGCUUUUCAAGGCGGUCACAAGUCUCACGAGGAGAAUGACGACAAUCACAACGACAGCAAGGGCCACGGCCGCAACCCCGACGGCACUUUCACCAAGGGCUCCCAAGCUGCUGCUGAGGUAGAUCACAAGGGUGGCCAGCACAGUCACCAGCAUGACGGGGACCACUCCACUAAUCACGAAUCUUCGCACCUGCCAGGUCGCAAUCCAGAUGGAACUUUCACCAAUGGCUCUGAGGCUGCAGCCGAGGCUGGACACAUCGGAUGUCAACACAGCCACAAACGCGACGACUCCAAGAUUGACGACAACGACGGUUCUUCCGUGAAGGACUCCUCUCAAUCUCAUCUCCCAGGACGUAACCCAGAUGGAACCUUCAUCAAUGGCUCUCAGGCUGCUGCUGUGGCUGGCCACAAGAGUGGUCAGCACUCCUGA